CUCCCACCUUUCCUUUAGUCCUUUAAAGUUCCCUGCUCUACGUUUCUGAAGGCAGUUUGUGAAGACCAGGGCCCCAGCACCAUGCCUAUGACACUGGGUUACUGGAAUGUCCGCGGACUGACACACCCCAUCCGCCUGCUCCUGGAAUACACUGACUCAAGCUAUGAGGAGAAGAGAUACGUCAUGGGGGACGCUCCCAACUUUGACAGAAGCCAGUGGCUGAGUGAGAAGUUCAAUCUGGGACUGGACAUUCCCAAUCUGCCCUACUUAAUUGACGGCCCCCACAAGAUCACCCAGAGCAACGCCAUCCUGCGCUACCUUGCCCGCAAGCACAACCUGUGUGGGGAGACAGAGCAGGAGAGGAUUCGUGUGGACACUUUUGAGAACCAGGUCAUGGACACCCGCAUCCAUCUCAUGAUAGUCUGCUGCAACCCUGACUUUGAAAAGCAGAAGCCAGAGUUCUUGAAGGCCAUCCCCGACAAGAUGAAAAUCUACUCUGAGUUCCUGGGCAAGCGGCCAUGGUUUGCUGGGGACAAGAUCACCUAUGUGGAUUUCCUCGCUUAUGAUAUUCUUGACCAGUACUGCUUAUUUGAGCCCACGUGCCUGGAUGCCUUCCCCAACCUCAAGGACUUCUUGGCCCGCUUUGAGGGCCUGAAGAAGAUCUCUGCCUACAUGAAGAGUAGCCGCUUCCUCCCAAGACCUGUGUUUACUAAGAUGGCCCAGUGGGGUACCGAUUAGGCCCCUGCCAGCCCCUGCCAUGCGGGCACACACAGGGAGGAUCUGUCCACACUGGGAUCCUCCAGGCCCUGGGAUAGCUGGUCUUCUGUACCGUGCCUCGCUGUUCCCAUUUCUUUCUCCUUUCCACAAGACUUUGUCAGCCCCCUGCUUCCUAAUCAGGCCGGUCCUAGUCAAGUCCCUGUGGUUGACAUUCUCCCUGCUUCUUUCCACCACGGCCCCUUCUUCAUUUGUGCCCCAACCGACCACACAGUCCUCUUCUGUGAUUUGAUGUCUGCCCUUAACACAGUUCCCUAGAAUUACCCUACAGGUCAAUUCUGUUUCAAGUUCCCCAGUGGCGGGGCUCCCCCAGGCCUGUAUCAUUUCCAAUAAAGCCUGAAACACA